AUGGCUACAUCAGGUGAGAAAGUGGAGGCUUGCACUGUGAUGCAGUUCCUGCAUUUGCAAGGGAAGUCUGCCAAGGAAAUCCACGACCAGAUGAUUGCUAUGUAUCAGGAAGGUGUACCAUCAUAUGACACAGUGAUCAGAUGGAAGAGGCACUUUCAUUGUGGACAGACAAACCUCGAAGAUGAACCCCAGAGUGGAAGACCAUCUCUUGCUGAGGAACUGGGGAUUGUGGCACAGGUGGAAGCUUUGAUCCUAUCUGAUAGGUGCAUAACUAUUGAAGCUAUUAUUCGUGAGGUCCACAUUUUCAACAUCAUCCAUGACGAGUUGCACAUGACAAAGGUUGCUGCGUGUUGGUUGCCAUGA